UUUGUUUGUUGCCGGGUAUCUUCCUCGCCUUAACACUAUUCUUCCUCCGACGCAGCUUCUCCGGGCCGCCUUCCUCUGCUUCACCGUUCGGUGUAUAAUUAGACGUGGGUACCAAACCAGCGGUGACAUCAACCUAUGGCCCGACUGCCCCUCAAAAGAUCUGCCUCAUCCUCUCCCUUCUCCGUCUUAUUCCUCCCCCCCUAACUAUAGUUUCGUCGUCUUCUAUCAUCGAUCAGCGACGCAUCGAGAGAUGCAUCAUCCUUGGCCUCCCCCAUCCCUCCGUCUUCUGCUUCCCUUUUUCCUUUCCCUCUUCCUCUCUUCCUUACCACCUUCCUUCCCCGAUGACGGCUACCUCCAGCCAUACGAGGCAUGCUCCACGAGGCCAUUCCCCUGCGGAGGCCGCAACAUCAGCUUCUCCUACCCAUUCCGCCACCAAGAUAGUCCUCCUGAGUGUGGUUAUCCGGACACUGAACUCAGCUGCAACACCACCGACGACACCUUGACGAUUCACAUCGGCAAAAAGCAGUACCGAGUGAAGGAUAACAACAUCGACUACGCCAACCACCUCGUCACCGUCGUUGAUCGAGAUUUUGUUGACAAUCCCUGCCCCCGGCCAUCUGAGAAUACCACUCUGGGUUCAGCGCCCUUCCAGUACGCCGGUGACGACGUCAACGCCACCUUCUUCAUCGAUUGCCCCCCCUCCCUUCCCUCACCGCUCUUUCCCGUCGCUUGCCUCAGAGAUAACACUGCUGGAUGGUGGUCAUACUAUUGGCCGGGAAAUAGAAACUUGUCUUACGAGGUGUACAUGUGUAGAAGAUCGUUUGUGCAACUUCCCAUGAAUCCGACGGCUAUCGAACGGUGGAUAGACGGAGACACGGAUUAUGCCGAAGCACUGCAGGAGGGAUUCACCUUGAGCUGGCCGGCGAAGAUCGGGGAGUGGUGCAGCGCUUGCAACAGGUCCGGCGGGGUGUGUGGGUACGAAUCCUCAAAGCCGACCUGUAUCUGCUCCGAUGGCUCCGCCACAGAUGAUUCGUGCGACAAAGGAUCUGGCACCAAGAAGAUUGUAAUUGGUGUUUCGGUCGGCGUGGGAGGCUUGUUGGUCAUAGUAACCUUACUCGGUCUUUUCCUUUAUCGUCGCAAGAAGAGAAACCGGCUCUCUCCGGUUCUGCUGUCUCGAAGAGCCUCAUCUGAGCCAAUCAGCUCCAAGAAAGAUCCUGAAUUGGGCAAUGAACACUACGGCACCCAAGUUUUCGAGUACGAGGAGCUACACGAGGCCACCGAUGGCUUCAACGCCUCCAAUGAAGUUGGUGAUGGUGGCUUUGGCACUGUCUACAAAGGGAAGCUCCGGGAUGGUCGCACCGUGGCCAUCAAGCGAUUGUACGAGAACAACUUCAGGCGUGUCGAGCAGUUCAUGACUGAAGUCCACAUCCUUUCUUCCCUCCGACACCACAACCUUGUCAGCCUAUAUGGAUGCACCUCCCGCCACAGCCGCGAGCUCCUCCUCGUGUUCGAGUUUGUGCCGAAUGGGACGGUGGCGGACCACCUCCAUGGCCCCCGUGCGUGCGAAGAAGGGCUCCCGUGGCCUGUGAGGAUGAGCAUCGCAAUCGAGACCGCCCAGGCGCUCAGCUACCUCCACGCCGUCACGCCCCCGAUCGUACACCGGGAUGUCAAAACCAACAACAUCUUGCUCGACCGCAGCUUCCGUGUCAAAGUCGCCGACUUUGGAUUAUCCAGGCUCUUUCCGCUCAACGUCACGCAUGUCUCCACGGUUCCACAAGGCACGCCCGGGUACGUCGACCCUGAAUACCACCAGUGUUACCAGCUCACGGACAAGAGCGACGUCUACAGCUUUGGGGUGGUGUUGGUGGAGCUCAUAGCCUCGAAGCCGGCCGUCGACAUCACUAGGCAUCGGCAUGAGAUUAAUCUGGCUAAAAUGGCCGUCAACAAGAUCCAGAACGAGGAGUUGGAUCAGUUGGUCGAUCCAAGACUCUGGCGGGAGUCCAACAGCGAGGUAAUUUGGAUGAUCAGACAGGUGGCUGAAGUGGCAUUCGGGUGCUUGCAAGAAGAGAGGGACAUGAGGCCUACGAUGAAAGAGGUUCUGGAGGCACUGAAGGGGAUAGAGGGCAAGGGGAGCAACAGGAAGAAGGGUGCGGAAGCUGAUGAUGCCGUGGCCAAGGAUGAUGACCGCUCCUUGCUGGGGGAAAGGCCGCCACAUUCACCAGAUACUGUCAAUGCCGAAUGGGAAAGCAGGCUAACGACACCAAACGCUAGUGUUUGAGGAGGACGUACUCUGCUACUUUUCUGAUGAUUCCGUGUAAGCCACUUGCAUUGAGUUCUUAAUGAGAGCGAUAAUAAUCUUGGGAGAUUGACGACUCUCAUAAUUUUUCGAGUGCCCUGAAGAGUUCUACCGUAGAUUGAUGUUUGACUUUCGAUCUCCUGUUGGAGAGGAAAGGUUUCUUUUCUUUGCUUUAAUGUUUCAGACUCUGUAAAAUUGGGAAGACCGACCGAAUCAGUAUUUUUAUCUUCUUCUUUA